GGCGACAAGACGACGACGACGUCGAAGGAACGGCGGGUGGCGCAAGCCGUGAUACCCUGCAUAUACAUGUAUACACAGUAGUCAUGGACUGGGAAAUCAGCAGCAACGAGACCCCUCGCGAGGUCCACCGCGGAGGAGCGUGACUCACGAGAACGACGUGGGGGAUUACGGGAUGGCAAGUACGUCGUGUUGUACCUAUAUCUAACAGACGAGACGCAACGAGAAAGCAGCAGCUGCAGAUCCCGAGAGUCGAGAGACAUCUAAACCCAAAUCGUUGCAGUGUGUGUACCGAGGGAGUAAAAGUUUUGAUGUAAAGCUACUUCUCGGAGUGCUUAUAUGGACUAGUUGGAGAAACAUGCAUCGUCAACGGCACCCGGGGCAGGAGGAGCAGCAGCAACGUUGUGCCGUCCGGAUCGUGGAAAUAGUUGCUGCUGCAGUUUGCAGCGAUGCUGUCAUUAACUUGCCAAGGCGCUUUCUUCCUCGACGUAUUCAAAAGCAACGAGCCUGCUCCGGUUUUUCCAAACUCAAUGAUUAAACAGGACCAGCAGAUACUUACCAGAAAAUCAAGAGAUACGAAAAAGUACAAGCCGUUAACCCACGACCCAAUACCUACAAAGAGACCUUAUUGUCUUUUCCUUCAUCAUCAUCACCGUCGUCGUCAUCGUCGUCUGUGCAAAAAAUCGAAGGUUGGUGCGGACUAUAGUGAUGAAUCGGUGGUCUGAUAAAGAAACGUCACUUACAUCGGGAAACGAUGGAAAUCUCAACGAACGAAUCUGUUGAAAAAACAACCAACAACAGCCAAGACAACAUUAUGGCAGACUCGCUACAGCAUUACAGGCAUCCGCCGCCCGACAUCAUGCCCAAAGGACUAGUUAAUAAUGGGGUAGCUGGACGGCUGCGCCAGUUGGAAGCUUUGUUCGCCGGUGGUCCAGUGCAGGGCGGAAGAAUGGGUCACAGUUUCUCUAUCGAGACGCUCAUCGACAUUUUGUUAGUUUUGUACGACGAGUGCUGCAAUUCCUCAUUGAGGCGGGAAAAAACCGUUUCUGAUUUCAUUGAAUUUGUGAAGCCCGUGGCCACGUGUAUAAAGAAUCUGCAGUUAUCUCGCGAGGACUUUGAAAUUGUCAAGGUCAUUGGGAGAGGUGCCUUCGGCGAAGUGUGCGUUGUGAGAAUGCGCGGCUCCGACAAAGUCUUUGCGAUGAAGAUUUUAAACAAGUGGGAGAUGCUGAAGCGCGCCGAGACGGCUUGUUUCAGAGAAGAGCGCGAUGUUUUAGUUUACGGUGACAGAAGAUGGAUAACGAAUCUUCAUUAUGCCUUUCAGGAUGACAAUAAUUUGUACCUGGUUAUGGAUUACUACUGCGGUGGUGACUUGUUAACUUUGCUCAGCAAGUUCGAAGACAGGCUUCCCGAAGAUAUGGCUCGUUUUUACAUAGCUGAGAUGGUGCUCGCCAUUGGCUCCAUACACGAUUUGCGGUAUGUGCACAGGGACAUUAAGCCCGAUAACGUUUUGUUGGACGCCAAUGGACAUAUACGCUUAGCUGAUUUUGGAUCUUGCCUUCGUUUAUUCGAAGACGGAACAGUGCAAAGUAAUGUGGCUGUUGGUACUCCGGACUACAUAUCUCCAGAAAUUCUUAGAGCAAUGGAGGAUGGUCAAGGAAGGUACGGUCCUGAGUGUGAUUGGUGGUCUUUAGGAGUUUGUAUGUAUGAAAUGCUUUAUGGUGAAACUCCGUUUUAUGCUGAAUCUCUAGUCGAAACAUAUGGCAAAAUUAUGAAUCAUAAGAAUUGCUUUGACUUUCCAACGGAUGAUAUAUACGACGUUUCCGAAGAGGCUAAAGAUCUGAUGCGAAAACUGAUCUGCAGUUCUGAAUUUAGAUUAGGACAAAACGGAAUUGAAGAUUUCAAAAAACAUCCUUGGUUUGAAGGAGCCAACUGGGACACCGUAAGGGAUAGUACCGCACCUUAUAUUCCCGAAGUAUCUUCACCCACGGACACCUCGAAUUUCGACGUUGACGAUAACGAUGUUCGCAGUUCCGACGCAGUACCGCCCGCUGCCAAUUCUGCCUUUUCCGCUUUACACCUACCAUUUGUUGGAUUUAGCUUUACUCAAGGAAGUUGCAUAUCGGAUCUAAGUACUUUGCCGAGUUAUACACAAAAAGACAAAAAUUUGAAGAUGCUCGAAGAGGAAAAUGCUCAGUUGGCGCAAAUGGUUUCCGAAUUGAAAAAUCAAGCCAACAUCAGUCGUGCGUCACCUACUGUAUCGCCCGAUUCCAACAAUGCCACUAGGAAGCUUCAAGACGAAAUCAAUACACUGACGAAACGAAAUUGCGAACUCGAAUCUCAGUUAAAAAAUUUAGAAGUACCUCGAGAACUACGUGCGAUAGAAGGUGGUGAUAUGACAAAAAUACGCGAGCUUGAAAAAUUGGUGCGUACUUUGCGUAUUGAAAAAGAUGAAGCUCUUAAAGAUAAACUGGAUGCCUUUGAGAGAUUGAAGCUUCAGGAGAAAGAGCUCAAAGACGCGCUAAGUCAGAGGAAAUUAGCCAUGGAAGAGUACACAGAGGUGACAGACAAAUUGUCGGAGCUUCGUCAGCAAAAGCAAAAACUAACGCGGCAAGUGCGCGACAAGGAGGAGGAGUUAGAGGUAGCAAUGCAAAAGGUCGACAGUUUGCGACACGAUAUUCGCAAGGCCGAAAAGCUGCGCAGAGAACUCGAAGGCAGAGUCGAAGAAGCCAUGGCGGAAACAAGCAAAGAACGCAAGUUACGAGAGCGUAGCGAGGAGUACUGCAAACAAAUGCAAGAGGAGGCGGAAAAAAUAAGACAGCGCUCCAUAGGCAACGAUGCCAGUGCUAACCACGCCCUUGCAACCCAGGAAAUAAACCGGCUAAAGGCUGAAGUGGAAAAACUCGAAGUCCAAUACAAUGAGAAUCUCAGCCAACAGCAGAGCAGGUUUAACAUAGAAGUACGCAGCCUGCAAGAACAGCUUCACGAAGCAGAAACGAGACGAGAAUUGCUAGAACGAGAUGUACUGAUAACUAAAGAAAAGCUGGAUAAUGCGAGGCUGGAAAAUAUCACCGACAACGAAGAAACUAUUAGCGAAUUGAGUCGUAGGUACGAGCGAGAAAAAAUGAUGUUGGUCGAGGAAAACAAGAAGUUAAUGUUGGAGCUUGGUUCGGUCACGGACAGCGUUAAUCGUAUACAAGGCGAGAGGCGCCAGCUUGAGGACGAGUAUGAAGAGCUGAGGAACAAAAAAGAAGCGAUCGCUCAGUGGGAGGCGCAGAUCACGGAAAUCAUCCAAUGGGUCUCCGAUGAAAAAGAUGCUCGAGGAUACUUGCAGGCUCUGGCGACAAAAAUGACAGAGGAGCUGGAAUUCUUGAAACAUUCGGGAGGUGCUGGCGGUGUUGGAGGUGGCUCAACCAUAAGCGAUAAAAACUGGAGAAAUCGACGCUCGCAAAAGCUUGAAAAAAUGGAACUGCUUAAUUUGCAAAGUUCGCUGCAAAGUGAAAUUCAAGCUAAACAAGCCAUAUCUGAAGAAUUGACCAAAACGCGUUCAGAUCUCAUAGCAGCGCAAAAGGAGCUACGAGAUUUCCGGCAACGUUUGGAUUCAAUGUCUCACGAAAUGAAGCGCAAGGAAAUACAAGUUAAAGAACUUCAGAGCCGCCUAGAUUCCGGGGAAGGCUUUCUGGAGAGGCCGACCUCGCAGAUGUCCUAUCUCGAGCACUUUCUCAAAGAGACGGCGGGCAACGCGCGCCACGGCAGCGUCGACAGCGUCGAGGGCGACAUCGAGGACAACCGCGCGCCCAGCAUCACCAGCAGCAAGAGCAACCUAUCGGAUUUCAGCAUCGAUCCUACGUCUCCGCUGUCGCAUGAGCUCCUGAACAAGUCGUCGGCACUUUCGCAGGGCCACAUCAGCCUGCAGCCCAAGCCCAAGUCGCACCAGUUCCUCGUGCGCACCUUCUCCGGGCCAAACAAGUGCAACCACUGCACCUCCCUCAUGGUGGGUGUCAUCAGGCAAGGCGUCGUUUGCGAAGUUUGCGGUUUCGCGUGCCACGUCCAGUGCUGCGACAAGGUGCCCUCGGUCUGUCCGGUUCCUCACGACCAAACGAAACGGCCGUUGGGCAUCGAUCCGACCCGAGGCAUCGGCACGGCUUACGAGGGCUACGUCAAGGUGCCCAAAAUGGGCGGCGUUAAGAAGGGCUGGAUUCGCCAGUUCGUCGUCGUCUGUGAUUUCAAGUUGUUCCUCUACGAUCUCUCCGAUCGCAAUGCGAUACCCUCGGUUUACGUAUCGCAGGUGCUCGACAUGCGGGACGACGAAUUCAACGUCUGUUCGGUUCACGACUCGGACGUUAUACAUGCCACCAAAAAGGACAUACCUUGCAUAUUCAGGAUAACAACAUCUUUGUUGGAACCACCUGGUGUGCGAAAUCACACGUUAAUGCUUGCCGACACCGAGAGUGAAAAAGCUAAAUGGGUUGUGGCGCUGACUGAACUGCACCGGAUUCUAAAGAGGAAUAAUCUUCCUAAUACUACCAUUUUCCGUGCAAAAGAACUGUUGGACAAUACAUUGUCACACAUUGUCAUUAAAAAUGUCCUGUCAGGGGCAAUCAUCGAUCCAGAUCGUCUAGUCAUUGGUACCGAGGAGGGCUUAUUUUGCGUAGAUUUAGAUAGUAGUGAAAUAGCAAGAGUCGGCGAAGGGAAAAAAAUUCAUAUCAUAGAGUAUAUUCCGGAGGAACAGGUAAUCUUUGUACUUAGUGGUAAGCAGCGGCAGGUGCGUCUAGUACCGGUGCGAGCAUUGGACAGCGACGAAGUUGAGUGGAUCAAAGUUGCAGAAACAAAGGGCUGCAUUACGAUUACUACUGGCGUUAUGCGUACCAAUCCUUUGACAUUUUGUGCGUGCGUGGCUAUAAAAAAACAGAAUGCUUCUCAAGUCAUAAUUUUCGAGAUCACACGAACCAAGACGCGUCACAAACGCAUACGCGAUUUGAUGCUACCUUGUCAUGCGCAGACUUUGCAAAUUUUGGCAGAAGGACGCCUCUGCGUAGGAUAUCCUUCGGGAUUUUCAAUAUACAGUAUUACAGGCGAGCACCAUCCCAUUUCUCUUGUUCAUCCGGAAAAUGCACUUUUAAAUUUAUUGACAUUUAAUGCCUUGGAUGCAUUUAGAUGCAUUGAAUUACAAAACGGCGAAUUUCUACUUGCAUUUUAUUCGUUAGCAGUUUACGUUGAUAGUCAAGGCAGAAAAAGCCGAGACCGAGAAAUCAUGUAUACAGCGUAUCCUACAGCAGUCAGUUACUACGAUGGUUAUCUAUUGGUUUACAGCGAAACGCAUAUUGACGUGUUUGAUUGUCAAUCGGGAGAUUGGUUGCAAACACUCAAUGUUAAAAGAGCUAAGCCCUUAAAUCCAUCAGGCUCGCUCACUGUUUGUGUAAUCAACGACAUGCCACAUGUUAUAUAUUUAAGUAAUUUACGCCAAGGUCAAUUGCUCAAUCUGUCAACUCUAGAUGCAAGUGGUAUACCAAUGGCCCGACCACGAAGAAGAUUCUCACUAAGAGAAGGAAAUCGUGCGGCCCGUCCGACUGACAGACGUUCUAAAAUGAUUUCUGCUCCUACUAAUUUCAAUCAUAUUACUCAUAUGGGACCUGGAAAUGGCAUUCAAAUCCAGCGCCUUUUAGACUUACCUACAACUCUCGAAACGGCUGAUCAACAGCUCCAACAGCAACAUUCAAGUUCACAUUUUCUAAGUCAACAACAACAACCACGAAUUUAUAGUACAGCCGUACAACCUCCGAAUAAGCCGGCACCACUGCCUCCUAGACAUCCGCCUUCGGAUUCCCGACGACUGAGUUCACAUGUUACGCGGAAUUCUGGUUUUUCACCACAUAAUGGAUCAUCAUCUUCAAGAAGAGGACCAGCACCACCAAGACCAACAGCUACACCACCUUCAUUACCACGAACUCCUGUGGACCAAGUUGAUUCAGAAUCUUUGCAUGUUAGAUCGCACACACCUCAUUCUCUGGGAAGCAUUGCUUCGUUGCAAGAUAAGGAGCACGUGUCGGGAGGAAGUCCUCGGCACUCGAUAGCUUCCAACAACAGCUCCAAUCCGUCAACUCCACCUAGUCCUGCACACGAUCAUGGCUCGUCAUCUUAUGACUCCUAAUGAAAAACAGACAAAAAUAAUUCUGGUUCGACGAAGAUAAUAUGACAGCCAGAAAAAGAGUCAUCAAUAUACGUAUGCAUUUUAAAAUGAAACAUAUACAAAUAUGUAUGUGCAUGUACAAACUUCAAAAGAAUUAUCGAACGAUUUGCGAGAUAGUAACUUGAGACUUUUAGCUGUGGUAACAUUUUCUUAGGGAAUCAUCAUACUUUAUAUACAUCCAAUCUUAUACCUGAAAAGUUACCAGAAGAAUUUUUGACCUUGUAUAUACAAUCUUGAUACCUAUUUUUAACUAGAUAAAAUUAUAGUUGCAAGUGUGACAAAGAAUUUAUUAUAUUGACUAUUGUAUAGUAUAAAUAUUCAAUCGCAUAUAGACUUACGAAACGUACACUUUCUAUAUACACGUUCAUAGACACGCAUAUACAUAUAUACACACUAGGGAUUAAAUGUCUGUACCAUUUUUAAGCGUGUCGUGUUUUUUCUAUGACAUUUUAUGUAGAAAAAUUAUAAAAUAAAUAAUGUGAGACUGGUUUCGCUUAUGAACAAAUAAUAUAGCUUUUAUGCUUAUUAAAGAUUCGUUAUAUUUAUUAUUCACGAGAAAAAUACAAUAAAUUUGGAAAUUUUAAGAAUAAAAAUUUACUGUACAUG